CCCCUAUCCCUAGUACCCUUGCAGGUGUGCUGCAGGCCCACUUCGAUGCGGUGUAACUGCUGCCAAACUUCCGAACACCUCCAAAGCGAUUGGCCACGCCGCCAAAAAGAAUGUGUUUUGGCAACUCAUACCCCAGAUUUUACCACACCAUCAGCUGGUGAGAAGCAAGUUAUCACGGGUUCUGCUGUCCUCUUCUCACCCAAAGAAGAGCGUCCAAAUAUCAUUACGGUCAAGUGUCAUCUGUCGAAAGUCCCGUCGCAGGGUAUGCGCCCCCAACCUCUCGUCAGUGGACAUUUUUCGGAUGGCCAAGUGGAAAGCAUUGUCUUGACCCAAGGUUUCAAUGGGGAACCGCUCAGAUAUCCCCUUCACUUGUGGUACCUCCCGACUGCACCAUCGCCUUGUGCACACAAUAACCGUGCUAUCUCAUGCCAACUCUCAGCUAGCAAUGGGGAUCCGACCAUACGGGAGCGGGAUGCAUUGAGCUGGCAGCAGGUCGGUGAACCCUCUUGCUGGACAGGUCGUGCUAACGACAUCAAUGUCAUUGCCAUUCAUCCCACUGGCAUACCUGUCGUUUCCGCAUCUGAGGACACGCAUGUUCACUUCUGUCAGCUCUCAGAUCGACAGACCAUCGCCAUUUUCCAACACCCACACUUGACGGACUGCGUCACUUUCUCCAUGGACGACAAGCACAUCCUCGAUGGUAUUGAUAUGAUGAUAUCAGAGCAGGCAGUACCCAAGGAUGCUUUACCAGAGAAAGUUCUCAAUGCACCGGCACCAAAGGUAUUUUUCCGUUGUUUUCUCGUCCAUGCCCCAUCUCAUAUCUUGUCUUUUUUAUUUCAAGGCUCAAGACUCUGA